UUGGUAACAGAUUUGUGUUAUCACUGUAACCAAACACACAUGCCUAAGCACCGAGUCAACGAACGAAGCAUGGUUUCACGGGCAUAUCUAUAUAGAAACGUCUUUGUCUUGGCUUGGGCUUCGGACAUAGUCAUCAUCAUCUGUUCAUCUUCCUCGUAAUUCCCGAAAAAAAUCAAGAAUCAUAAGGACAUGUCUUCUGCGGAGAGCGAGUACAGGUGCUUCGUCGGAGGCUUAGCUUGGGCCACCGACGAACAGUCUCUGGAGAGGAGUUUCAGCCAGUUUGGAGAAGUUCUCGACUCCAAGAUCAUCAUUGAUCGUGAGAGCGGGAGGUCUAAAGGGUUUGGAUUCGUGACUUUUAGAGAUGAGGAUUCGAUGAGGACUGCGAUCGAGAGAAUGAAUGGUCAAGAACUUGAUGGUCGUAGCAUCACUGUUAACGAGGCUCAGGCUCGUGGUUCUGGUGGUAGUCGCGGUGGUAACGGCGGUGGAUAUAACCGUGGAGGAGGCGGUGGUUAUGGAGGAUCUGGUUAUGGGGGUGGUGGCUACGGAGGUAGACGUGAUCAAGGUGGUUAUAGUCGUGGCGGUGGAGGAGGCGGAUACGGUGGGGGUGGCGGUUAUGGAGGUGAUCGUCGUGACGGUGGUUACGGUGGUGGAGGUUAUGGUGACGGAGGUUACGGUGGUCAGGGACGAUCUGACGGAGGAAGCUGGAGAACUUGAGCUCUGUCUGUGUCUUUGACUCUUUUGUUGUUUACUUUUGGUUUUGGAUUUGGUCUUUGUUUAUUUGUGUUCUCAUGUUUAGUUUCAUACAUAAAAACAAAAUAAAAGGUUGAUGCUUUUGGUUCU